AUGGAUUCCACUGAUGACGAUUUCGGUGAGCUGUACGUUGAUGACAAGGUUCAGGCGACUCCUGCCUUCGCCGGCGAUGUUGGAAUCGUAAAGUCGUGCGAAGAAGAAACGGAGUGUGCUACGAUCUCCGACAAGGUGAAGCGUGAAUCGCAGGGUGAAAUGAAGAAAUUCGGAGAUUCGAGUCAGUGUGUCGACGCUUGUCCUGUGAAUCUGACCGAGGCGAAGGAAGAAUCGGAGUUUAGUGACAGUGACGAUGAUCUGAACAUUGUGCUUGAUGACGACGACUCCAAAUCGCUUCCUGUUGCUUGUGGGUCCAACACUAACAAUGGCGGAUACGCCGAAGCAUCCCAAGCUUGCUCCUUUCAGAAACGGAGGAACGGAAACUGGUGCACAUUGCCAAAUGGUGGGAUUGUUAAUGGACGCAUGACGAUGGAAGCUUCAGCUAAUCAAUUCUCACAUCUUUGGUCCAGGACAAGUUUUGAUGCAAAUUCCCAUGUGUUUGAGAAGAAGCCAUGGAGGAAUCCUGGUACUGAUAUCAAUGACUUCUUUAAUUAUGGGUUUAACGAGAAAAGCUGGAAAGAUUAUUGUAAACCGCUGGGAAAAGCAAUAGAGGUCAGAGGUGGAACUCCUGAGCGAAUACCAUCUGUGGAGUUGCGUCUUCCACGUGAUUCAGACCCUGACGUGGUGAUACAGAUCCCAGUGACUGAUGACGUUGAGAAGCUAUCAAGCAUUACACCUCCGGAUGCAAGGUCUCUCAGCAUAACAUCAAAUGAAGCAUCUAGAAGUGAAGAGCUUCAAUCAGAUAACGGAGAGGAUUUGAUAUCAUCAGGUGAUUCGAUGAAAGAAGAGGCUUGUGUGGGGUGUCAAGAUGUAAACAUUGGAAGUGAGCAAUGUUCUCCAAAAGAGAAUUCCUGCAGCAGGGAAGUAACACCUUGUGAUAAGGAAAUUAUUGAGGAGGAGAGAGAAGAGACUUGCUGGAGUUCAGAUAACUUGGUUCUGUCCUCAGUGGAAAGGGAAUCAUCUCUUGGAAAUGAUUCAGCCUAUUCUGAAACAGAGUCAUCUAAAGGCGGUGCUAUUGAUGACCAACGUGAAGUCAGUACCCCACCACGACGAACUAGAUCUGUGGAACGUGAAGUAAACACAAGUGAGGAAAGGAGUGGUACAAAGCAUUCUAGGCACAGAAGAUCUCACAAAGACCCAAGAGAAAGGCAUAAGAAGGUGAGUUCUGGACAUGGAAGUCUGUAUCGUGAUUCGAGCAGAAACUGGCAGAAUGAAGGUAGAGGUUUUCCUCACUCAAACAGAGAAAAAUGUCAUGGUCGUUCAUAUUCAUCUGUGGAUAUUGAUCGAGCUAGAGAGCACAGGUUUGGUUGGCGCAACAACAAAGAAACGUCACAUGGCAUUGACAGGGGCUUUGAUCAUUAUAAUGGUUACAAGUAUGAGGCACGCCCAUCUUUUAAUCUUGAACAGAGAAAUUCUCGAUUACGUUUUAAAGAAGAGGAAGGCAGAUAUGGUAGGCAACAUUGUGAAAGAAAAUACGGUCGUGAAAGAAGUCCUGGCCUAGAAAGAACUCGAUGUGAUUGGCUAAGGGAACCUUAUUAUCGGGAGCGUAUUCCAAUAACUGACAUGGACUAUAGAUUCCAGCCAGAGAAUGAUCUACAUUGUAGAAGAAGGAAUGACUAUGAUUAUAAUGUUCAUCGCAAUAGAUAUGAAGAUGGAGUUGAGCUGUCUUACAGGGAGAUGCAUUCUAUUUCUGAUGUGGGAAGGAGAGAAUUUCAAGGGUAUGAUACAGAUAAAAGACACCAUCACUCACCUGAUUGGCAUCUUGAUAGAUUUGUCUCAGAGAAAGAUGGUUACAGAACCCAAGAUGCUUGGCCCUCUUCGUCUUUAUCACUGAGAGAUUCUUGGUAUUCAUCAAAAGGUGGUUCGUGGAGAGAUGAUACCAGAGACUUCGCAGCAACAGAAGCAUAUGACAGCCAGAAUAAUCAUCAGUUGUAUAAGGACGCACCAAGAAAUGGCUGGACGCGGAAUCUUGUUCAUGGCGAUCAUGUGAGCAUACAAGAUAGACUAACGUAUGGCGAUGAUUUGGUUCGUCAAGAUAGAAGGAGAUAUCAGUUGGCAGAUGACAUUCAAUGUUCAAUGAGAGAAGUUACUCAUUCUGAGCAUCCAUCAUAUACUGAUGAGAGGUUACGCCACGGCGUAAGAAUGUCAGCACAUGAACGAAUAUCUACCAAACAAAGCUCUAGGUAUCCUAAGAGCCAUAUUCAGGAAGUAGAUGAAAGACAUCACAAUCCGGUUGGCUUCACUGGUAGGCAAGGGAAGGUGUCAAACAAAUCGAAACGGAGAUUCUCCGGUGAUAAAGAUGCAAGAAAACAACAAGACCAUCAGAAACCAAUAAAGGGAAUAUGCAGAAGCAAUGGUAAAGCUGUGCAAAAUCAAGAUUUGAAUGAUAAAGAGGAAGGCGAGAUCAUAGAAGGAGAAGAAGCUAUGGAUGUGAAAGGCAUUGUAAUAGAUGAAGAACGGAUACAAGAGAGUAUGAAGAAGAUGGAGAAACGGAGAAAGAGGUUCAAGGAAACCGAAUUCGCGGGGACGGUGGUAGUAGGGACAUUCGAAUCUCAAACCGAGUCGACAGCGAAAACCUGUGAGACCACCAAUCAACAGAGACCGGUUAGGAAGAGGCGAUGGUGUGCAAGUUAG